AUGGCAGAGAUAGGUGUGUGGGACGUGGAGACGCUGUGCCUGAAACCGGGGCAGCGGGCCCCGGAGCUCGGCGUGCCCGGCGUCUUGGACGCGGUGGCCGGCGCAGCACCUUGUGACGUAUUUUUGCUCUCUAACCCGCCCGACCUCUACACCUCUGUCUUCGGAGGGACACCGCUGGCGAGGGACACCGCUCGCGCAGCCGUGCUCCCGCUGCGGCGACGCAAUGCCUCCUACACCUGCAGCGUGCCGGAUGCCAUGCCCAAGGACAUCUUGACCUCCGUCGAAUUGGCCCGGAGCGGAUCGAAACGGCAAGUGACGGAGAUCGUCGGCGAAAAGGUCAUGGAUUGGGCGAAGAUGGAACUCGUGGAGAUGGAUCGAGCCGAAGGCAGCAACGACGUGGGCAUGCUGGCUUGGAAGCUCACCUUGAAGACCCCCGAGUACCCAGCAGGACGCGAGCUCAUUCUCAUCGCCAACGACGUGACCUUCCAGGCGGGCUCCUUUGGCGUGAAAGAAGAUCAAUUCUUCCAGAAGGCCUCGGAACUGGCGCGCGUGCGUGGCCUGCCGCGGAUCUACGUCUCCUGCAACAGUGGUGCCCGUGUGGGCUUGGUCGAAGAGCUGAAGCCUCUCUACAAGGCCGUGCAGUGGAUCGAUGCAGCCGACUGCGGCAAAGGCGGUGCAGAGCGCGGCACGGACCCUAUGUACUGCGGCAUUGCGGAGAGAGAAUAUCGUCUGGCACCUGGCCAUUACGCCGCCCAUCAAUAUUUUCCAGAUGUGCCAUAUCUCCGAUCCUUGAUCAUCAAUCCGUGGCAUUUUGUCACACCUCUGCCAAAUCGAGACCAACUCAUCAUCCGUUACGGCAACCAGGUCCGAUCGCAUGCAACACUAAUCACGAAAUAUCGGGAGACGAUCACAGCACGACGGGAUGAAGUCUCACGGCGAGCUGCCAACCCAGCCAAGUAUGAUGACAAUUUGAGGGCGUUCGCAGAUCAUACAGAGAAUGAACUAUCCAGGGUCAAUAAUGAGACCACCCCUGACCUUGGGACCUAUGAGCUGCCAGACAUUUGGGUGUGCCUCGACAAGUCUAGGAUCCCCCUGGUCCGAUUUGAUGUGCCAGUUGGCCGCAUCUUGGAGGAGGUUGAGAAAAGAAGGCCGGCUGACUCGACUGCACACAACAUUCAAGGCCUUUCAUCAGCAGGGACCCCGCCUGUGCCCACGGAGUCAGGCGUCCUCAUGGCAAGCGCACCGGCCGCGGAGUCAGAUCUUCAGCCUGGGACCCGGCCAGCUGGCGUUCCAGAGCAUAUCCACAAUUACAUCAUUCAGAAGAUUGGACACAGACCCCGCAUAGAGCUCCGCGGCAGUGAUGCCAAUCAGGCUACAAGUCUGAUUGAUGGUGCAGUGCUUAGCGCCGGAUUGGAAUGGGACAGGUCAUAUGAGCUGAACCUACAGGCAUGUGGGUACCAGCAGGAGGAGACCUUCCACCACAACCCCAUUCCAUGGCCUGGCCGCCAAUCGGAGCCAGGGACUGGGACAGAGCGAACUGAGUCUACUCAGAAUCCUGACCAGUUCCCUAUCAAUGAGGUUUUUUUGCAACAGAUGAAACAGAUCCUGGUCAGUAGUGGAAAGUAUUCCAGCUCCGACAUCGACACACUUCCACUUGGUGAACUGGUCAGGCUGAUGGCCGCUGAGGAAAGCAUCAUAGGGAGGCAUCGAGACUGCUCUAGUCUCAUUGCCAAUGGAUUCGACCCAACGAUCAUCCAGAGGUUCAAUCAGGAGCAGCCCCAGAUAACAUACUUGCAGACACAAGCCCAAGGCGGCACCUUGCCAGUGCGUCCAGCAGCAACCGCCACAGCAGCCAAUGCCAGUUGGCGGUCAACCGCCUUUGGCGUCUGCUGCUGGUACGCCCUGGAUGACACCUCCAUUCCAGGGAAGCAUUGCGCAAGGCGUCUGGCAUCUUUUGAAAUGCAGUUCUUCGAAUCGAAUGGCACAGAGAUUCUGGAGGACUGGAGGCAGGUGAUGUAUUACACGGGGUUCGUACGUGUGAACAUUAAACACUACGCGGGCUUUGAGUACCUCUACUUGCUGAAGGCCGACUACGAGAAGUUGCCCCCCGGAAGUGUGGAGGCGGACGCCGGACGCGCCGCGCGGCGGAGCGGUGGGGUCCGUGGGGGCGACGCCGCCCAGUGCGGCGUGCACAAGAUCGCCGGGCCCAGCGGGGAGGAGCGCUUCGUUUUGGACGCCAUCAUCGGAGAGGGCAUGAAGAGCACCAAGGGUGGCAUCGGAGUGGAGAACUUGCAGGGCAGCGGCUUGAUCGCUGGCGAGACCAGCCGUGCCUAUCAGGAGAGAUGCGGGGACACCUUCACCUUGUCCUAUAUCACCGGUCGAUCGGUGGGCAUCGGUGCCUACCUGAACCGCCUGGGCCAGCGGAACAUCCAGAUGGUGAGCAGCCCCAUGAUCUUGACGGGCUACGCGGCAUUGAACAAACUCUUGGGGAAGAACGUUUACCAAUCCCAGGAUCAGCUCGGAGGGCCUCAGAUCAUGGUCCCCAACGGCGUCACGCAUCAGGUGGUGAGGGAUGAUCAAGAGGGCAUGGCGGCCAUCCUGGAUUGGUUGAGUUUCGUGCCCAAGGCACGGACUAACACGACGGUCUGCCAGCCGUCCGGCGUGGACCCGUGGGACCGCGACGUGGACUUUGAGCCCUCCCAGCUGCCCUACGACCCUCGCGACUUCCUCCGGGGGGUCAUCGACCAUGAGGGCAACCGAAUGAGAGGCUUCUUCGACGCUGGAAGCUGGGUCGAAUACUUGGAGGGCUGGGGCCGGACCGUGAUCACCGGCCGUGCCCGCUUGGGAGGCAUUCCAAUGGGUGUCAUUGCGGUGGAGACUCGCAGCGUGGAUCGGCUGGUUCCAGCCGAUCCUUCGAAUCCCGAGAGUUGCGAGGUGAAGGAGAGCAUGGGAGGAAAGGUGUGGUUCCCGGACAGUGCUUUCAAGACCGCCCAAGCGCUGAAAGACUUCAACCGGGGAGAGAAUUUGCCAGUCAUCAUUUUCGCGAAUUGGCGUGGCUUCUCCGGCGGCACUCGCGACAUGUACAACGAGAUUUUGAAGUUCGGAGCCAUGAUCGUGGAUGCUCUGGUGGAGUACAAACACCCCAUCUUUAUCUACAUCCCCAAGCACGGCGAGCUCCGUGGCGGCGCGUGGGUGGUCAUCGACCCUGCGAUCAAUCCAGAGAAGAUGGAAAUGUACGCGGACCUCGAGGCCCGCGGCGGCAUCCUCGAGCCGCCGGGCAUCGUGGAGGUGAAGUACCGAGCACCGCAGCAGGCCAACAAAGCGGAGCGGAGGAGCCAUGGGCGGAGGAGGCUUCAGGACCCAACAAAAACGUGGCGAGUGGGACGGAGUGGUACGGUGUUGUUUUGGGGUUUGUAG